AUGAAAAUAAUUUAUAAGUAUAAAAAAGAGAACUACGAACUAGAGAUUAAUGAGGAGAAUGCUGACAAUUAUGUCAUCGAAACAUUUGAAAAGAAUUUCAAAAAGUGCAGAAAUGGAAAUUUCAUUUACGAUUGUGAAACACAGACAGAGUUCCUGAACUUCCAGCAGUUCUGUUUUAAAAGUGAAAAUGAUUUUGUUAAUGGUAAGAUAAAUGGUAAUGAUAGAAAUGCAAUAGGAGGAAAUAACCAACUCAGUUGUGCUCAUAAAAAAGAAAAGUGGCAAUUAAAUUAUGUUAACUUUUUCGAAAAAUCUGGUUACAUUGUCAAAGAGGGAGAUAUAUAUGGUGCAGAUUAUUUACUCUAUUUGAGUAGUGAAAAAUAUACACACGCAGCUUACGUUGUGUACACUGUCAGUAGAAGCGAUGUUAUUAGAGACUUAAUUCGGGUGCUUAGAUUAUCUCAUAGCAUAAAAAAAAAUGUCAUCUUAAUAUUACAGAAGGACAUAGAAUCAGAAGAUAUUUCAGAUAACAUCGUUUAUGUGCAGAUGUAUUCCUAUAAAUAG